AUGAACUCCGUCAUCUCGUCGAACCCCCUGUUCGCUCCCCACCUACUUGGAACACCUCGACCAUCUCCCUCGCGCUCAGGUACGCCCCGACCUGCUGCGUCAUACCGCCUCCAAUCCCACGACAUACUAAUACCGCCAACAGAGUGUUUCGGCAGCGACAGAAUGUCCAGCCGGAAGCGCAAGGCCAGCGAAGACGAUGUGGACGACCGUAUGUCGGCCUCGCCCACAGCCUCGCCCGCCGUCACAGGUCGCCAGCUCUUCCCCGCCUCACGCUCUACCAAGAGGAGCCGCACCGCCGUCGCCGCUGGUCGUCCACUCGACCUGCCUCGUCUCCUCGAAACUCUUUCUCCCGAUGAGAUGAGGAACCUCCUACAAAACAUCUGUGAUCAGAACCCCGCAAUCGCUCACGAAGUCGUCACCAUGGCUCCCCGUCCUAGUGUCGAGUCUACUCUCUCCGUCCUGCAAAAAUAUGAGACCACCUUCAAGGAGUCUUUCCCCUUCGGCAACCGCCCUUGUUCCGAUUAUACCUACAACCGAGUCCGCCAGCCUAUGAUGCAGCUCAUCGAAGCUCUCAAGGACUUCACUCCUCACUUUCUCCCUCCGAACGAACCUCAACCCACACUCUCGCUCCAAUAUCUCGAUGCCGUCACUCAGAUCAUCCAUCGCCUGCCCACAUGGGACACAUUCCAGCACAACCAUGCAAAACACGAAGCAUACGACGAACUUGCUCAGGCCUGGGCUCUGGCCAUCCGUGAGAGUGCCAAGAGAGGCGGUGGUUUCCACUUGCAAUACGCCGGUUGGGACCAGAAGCUUCUCAAGCACAACGAAGAGUCUGGCGGCAGGCUGCAAGAUGCUGUCAACGAGUUGCGUGCCAACGUUACCUACCUGGGCGGCCCAACUGCUGGCAGCGGCACUCCCUCCAACUUCGACGAGCGUGCUGCCAUCAGACAACAAAUCCUGUCCGGUACCUACGGUCCUGACGUUUCUGUCGGCAUUGGACGCUGGUGA